ACACACACACGCACCCGAACACCUUCCGCGGCACGUCGUGCGAGCAGACGAGCGCUGCAGGCCAAAUGACGGACAACUCGGGGACGGCGGCGGACCUGGAGCCCGUGCAGCAGGCGCUCAGCCUGUAUAGGCGGCGCCACUUCACCGAGUGCGCCGAGCUGUGCGAGCGCCACGCGUCCAAGCAGCUCCAGUGGCUCGGCAUGCUGGCCCUGACGCAGCACGCGUGGCUGGACGAGCUCGAGCUCGAGGGGCUGCAGUCUCUCGCCGAGGAGCUGCUCGACGAUCAGGCGACGGCGCAGACGGGCCGCCCGGGCACCUCCCUGCGGGCCCCUCCCCCUCCGACCGGUGGGGGCCGCCCAAUGACCCGCGAGGGUCGCCCGUUGACUGGAAUACGGCGACGACCCCAGACCCGCACCGCGGCCACGCGGCACGGCGUCGAGAGGGCGCUCACCACAGCCGCAGGAAGAACGGCCCGGCCGACGACUGCGGCACCCGCAAUGGUGCAAGAGUUAGCAGAGUUCGGUCGACUGGGCGCGGCCUCUUCGGGCUGGCCGGACAAGCCGUGGCUCUCCAAGCCGCUCUUCCGCUUCCUGUACCACCAACGAGGUGACGUCAGACAGGCGUUUGAGCUGGCGGGCCAGGAGCGGGCGACCGACUGCUGCGGAUGGUGGUCGCUGCAGCGCGGCCGCUGUCUGCUCAGGCUGGGAAUGCUGCGAGAGGCAGAGCACCAGUUCCGAAAGGCGGCGGAGGCCGGCGACCCUCAGCCCAGGGCGUUCCUGUGGCUCGCCAGGGUGCAGCUGCAGAUGGAUCAGCCGCUGGCCGCCGUGGAGGCGUACAGGCGCGGCUUGGACAAAUUCCCCAACGAGGCCGCCCUCGUGGCGCCCAUGGCGCGCGUCUACGAGGGCCUGCACGACCUGCAGCGCUCGGCCAAGUUGUACCGGGAGCUGCUGUCGCAAGACGCAGUGCACGUGGAGGCCAUCGCUUGCGUCGCCACGCACCACUUCUACGCCGACCAGCCGGAGAUGGCGCUCAGGUUCUACAGACGCCUGCUGCAGCUGGGCAUGCCGACGGCCGAGCUGUACAACAACCUGGCGCUGUGCUGCUUCUACGCGCAGCAAUACGACAUGGCGCUCACGUGCUUCGACCGGGCGCUGGCCCUGGCCGAGGACCAGCUGCUCGCCGACGUCUGGUACAACCUGGGGCUCGUCGCACUGUGGCACCUCAACAACAAGUUAGUAACCCGAAAUGCAUGAAGCAUGUAGCGAGAAAGUGGUGCAGUCCUGGUGGCGAGCUAUGAUGUCUCGUGCUAGCUGCGGCAGUCAAUGGCAAGCAAGAGCAGAGCACAUGCUGUAAGUGAAUCCCCUUUGCAAACUUUCGCAAAAGAUAUGCAAAUAGUUGCUACGACUGUGUUAUCAAAAGUCCUUGAUUCUUGUUACUGUGGGGACUGAAAGACAGAGUCAAUGCCGUCGCCGCAAUUAGAUUUGUUCAGUUUUGAUAACACAGCUAAAAUACAUCGUUGUCAACAAAAAAUAUGUCUCAAUACAUGGUUCUGCAUCCACUGGCUAAAUACAGUUGCCGACCGUUUAUUCGGACCUCACGGGGACUGCGGAAAUGUCCGAAUAAACAGGUGUCCGAAAAAGCAGAUUAAGAAAAAAAAAGAAAGAAAGAAAUCCUUUAUUUCCCCACCCUUAUUCGGGCUCGGCAGUAGGCUUGAAGAAAUCGUGAAUGCGCCGUUGUAUUCUGUUCUGUUUACGCGCAAUCAGAUAAGCCUGAAUCUCGGAGAGGGUCGUACGAUCACUAUAGGCGGCUGAAAGCACAGUGACUGCUUGUACUAGCUCCGCAUGCGACGGCAGUGUAGUACAUGGUGCGUCAUCUUCCGACUCGGAGUCAUCGUCCGGCAGUGCAGCAGAAACCUGACAAAUGAUCUCACCGUCAUCGAGUUCUGCGCAUAUCAGUACAGCAUGUCAGCACCUGUGAAACUGACAAAUGAGACAGUGUCCGGAAUCGCAAUGCAACCACUGCGCAGGUCCCCGCAGAACAUUUUCGGCGUCAGCAGGGAGCACAUCGAAAGGCGACAAAUCCGAGGCUUGCCGGCAUGCCCUAGCGCAGUCUGCGCCAUUAGACACUUAACGCGAUGUUUCCGUGUGCCGCGUUGGAUCACCGGAACCUCAACAUAGCACACAAAGCAAACACCACCAUGCUGACACCAGUCGCACAAACGAAAAACGUGGCCUACUCGCAGCGGCGUGCGCGAAGAAACAAAUCAGCUGCUGGAUUGUCUUGAUAUGGCUUACUAAGCUGAAACCGGAACUGCUGUAGAGCCACUCUAUCGAAUCAGGCAGAAACGAUGAUGAUGAGCAGGGAUUUGCAGUAGCGCCACUUCGUGGGGCAGCAAGGAGGCUCCGUUGAAAACAAAAAUGGCGUUCAGCAAGUUGAAGCAUGCACCGGUCAGAGUCGGUGCAUGGUCGGUGCAUGAACUUUCAGCAGUUGUUAUACAUUAUGGUCUAUGGGGAGAAUGGCGGUGCCGCGAAGCAGACCGUAUAAUCGAGCAUGUCCAAAUUUUUGGGGUCCGGAAUACCAGUCGGUGACUGUAUGCGAACCUUUAAAGCUGCGGCACUGAAGCUGUGGACAGAAAAGUUAACUGCAUGGAGAACUGCUGUGAUGCUCUUUGCCAGAAUACACACCAGAAUGGUAGGAUGCACGUUAGCUAACAAGUGAGCUUGGAACUUAACCUCCUCUAACAUUACAUGACCUAGCUACUGGUGCAGCUGUCACAGAGGGCACCUUGACUAGAGAAUACCACAGCACCAACAGUUCUUAGCAGAUGGAGUCUCAGCGAAAAUGAGUCAUUAUGAGGCUUUGCUCAUUGCAUGCGAGUGUUGCAGUUGCUUGUCAUCAUCUGCUACAACUAUAUACCAUACACAGAGUACAUUACUAUACAUGGCUGAUUCAGGUGUCGCAUACUGGGGCACUUGUUCUGUGUGUGGAUGAAAUGCCAGUUUGCACACAGAUAGAAAAGAGUGCAGCUAUGAAAGUAUGCUCAACAGAAGCACACUCAUUAGCUCAAUCUAUUCAUCAUGCAGUCCCUGCAGUCAGUAGUUGAUGCUCAUGCAAGACACAGGUGAAGACCAAUCGGGAAGUGCUCCUCUCCUCCACGACCUCCGUUGCUCUCCCCCCCCUUCACUAUUAAACAAGAUACGCGGCGCUUGUACAGAAAACUGCUGCGUCUUACCAUCUGGUGAAAAGCCUUCAAAUUUGACAAAGCUUUGUGUGAAAGCUUCCUAGACUGACUGCUCAAAUCGGUCCACUCUACAAGCUUUGGACAGCACCAGCUGUUAAUCCACACUCUGCUGCCACGUCUCGUGCAUGCGCAGGUGAUUUUCAAUCAUAUUCACGAGAGCACGAGGUCAAACCUUGUGUGCGGUAAAAUCUUUAUACCUAUAUGGACUUGCGAUGAACCUUAGAGGGACAUUGGCACUGCAGCAACCACUGCCUUCUCACUGCUUUUCACA